AUGACCAAAAUUAGUUUUACCUAAAAUAAGACUCCUUAAAUGUAGGCAAACAUAUGCUAAAGUCUUCAUCAGUAUAUUCAAUCUACAUCUUAAUAAUAUUUACUUUACAUAUUCAUAAUCAUUCAUUUUGUUUAUGGUUUAUGGCCAAAUUAUAUUCUUGAUAAAUAUUUAUAUAGAUUAUUGCACAUUUAAUAUAACCCUAUUUUCGUCGAUUAAUGCAUUUUUUUUUUUUAUAAAUCCAAAAUACAUAUUUUUAUUUACACUGAACCACUUAGAAGAUAAUUAAUAGUGAAAGAUCAGUUUAGUAAAUAUAAAAUAGUAAAGAAUGAAUUUAUAAGAGGAUGCAAGAUUUACAAAGAGAUAAUAAGGAAGAAGUAAUUAAAAUAAUAAGUAUUUUAUUCUAGUAAGAUUAGAGGAGCUAUUUUUAAAAUAUUAAGAGUAGAAGGUACAUUAAAAUUGGAUAAGACUUUACAUUCUAUCAAAUAUAACCUAACUUUUAAGGAAAUUAAUUUAUACCUAUUAAAUUAGCUUGCCUCUUAAUUGUUUAGAUAAGAUUUUGGAAUAUCAAAUAUGUUUAGUGAAUAUAUUGUAUCUCUUAUUUUAAAUUACUUAGCUUACGCAAUUUUAGGAGAUCUAAGCUAAUUUUAUGAAUUAUCUGUAAAAUUAGGGAUCAGGAUUUCAAACUCAUUUUUCAUAUUGUUUCUCAUUUUACAGGCACUCCUUGAGAUAACAAAUUUGUUGUAUCUAAUUAAUUUUAAAUAUAGAGACAGUACACUGUAAAAUUUAUUGAGCUAUUUAAAGGUUUUAUUUAGAGUUUAUGCAAUUAUACAUACAAAGAAAAGGUUGCAAUCUUAAAAAAGAUCAACACAACUAUAAACUAAUUCUAUUAUGUCACGAAUAAUGAAUAUAAACUAAUAAUACUCAUUAUAUAGAUGGAGAUUUAGGAUAAUUCAUCAUAAUCAACAUAUAAGAUCAUUCAAGAAAAAAAUUAUCAACAAGAAAGAGUAUCAGUAGAAUUGGUCUUGA